CUAGAGACCCGUGGAUUCGAUAUUUAUCACUUGAGCCACUAUACUGCAGUCCCUUUCAUUGGUUACACUUGGCCUUUGUUAGGUGUUGUGUUUUAGCGAGUCAAGUUUUUGGCGCCGUUGCCGGGGACUUUCUAGAGUAUUAGGAAAGGCAGAAGUUUGUUACUUUAGCGUUUUUCUUUUCUUUUCUUUCCCACCCUUGCUUUUCACUUGGGUGUUUUUGUUUUUGUUGGUGCAGAUCUGAAUCAUGGAUCCUAAUGGCUUCUUCAAUCAUUGGGGGUAUCCACCGCCAUCUGGGUGGUAUUACCCCGAGACUCCCUGGAGCAAUCAAGGCAGAGAAGACUAUGGAUUCGGGUUCCAGUACCAACCCCCUUACUACGGAGAACAACCGGACCCCUGGGCAUAUCAAGAACAACCUCAUUAUCAAGAAGAAUUUCUCCCACAACCAGAAGGGCCAUCGGCGCUGGAGUUACUCAUGGAGCAGUAUGCUCGAGACUGUGAGAGAACAUGCUCCAGGAUGGAUCAGUGUGUCCAGGCCUAUCGUGAAACAGAUGAGAUCCUCCUGAGCCUUAAGAAGAGCGUUGAUGAUCUUGAGCGAUCUUGGGCGCAACCUGCUCCAGAUCACCCUUCUGCUACCAUACAAGAAGAUGAGGAGGAAGAAGAAGGCUACAAGGGCAUUGUGGAACACACUGAAGUUGUCACGGAGAGCUCUCGUGAUGGUCAUGAUCAGGCGUGUCAUGUCGUAGCCGACCACACCUUCCCACACCCCAAACUGAGCUUUGAAGAGGCGGGCAUGAGUGAGGAGAUGCAAGAAGAUCUCAUGAAAGAAAUUGCUUGGCAACUUGCUCUCCAAUCCGUGCUAGAAGAAGAAGAGCAAGAAAGGGUGCAGAAAGAAGUUGUGGAGGAUGACGAAAGUGAAGCUGGAGGAGUUCUUGAUCAUUUCCCAGGGGUGAUACCACAUGAAGAAGGAAGGGAGGUUGAAGAAGCAAUUGGCGUCCAGGCUGAGGACGAAGUUGAGGUGGAAGAGGCUUGCACCGGCCAUGAGUUACAUGUGAUAUCUCCACCAAACUUCGAGGAACUGCUUAGCAAGGACCCAUUUGCAGUGUCUCUUUGCCAGACCAAGGCCACCUCGACAUCGGUCCCUCUUGGUGGACGCGAUGGUGGCCAAUCGAUGCUUUCUUAUCUGGUUUGGGGCAAUGAGACGAGAGAAGAGAAGAAGAGGUCUCGAGGGUGGAGACUUCAUCUGCAUCAAGUACAUGAGCCUUCCUCACCUGCCACACCACAUGCUCGUGACUUGAGACUCCACCUCAUCGACGAGAACCUCAACUUCAAGGAGGUUCUAGCAUGGACCGAAACUUAGGAGCCAUCGUCCGGCUCACGACGUGAAAGAAGCGCUUGUUGGGAGGCAACCCAACCAGUCGGUUUGCAUUUCUUUCUCUAUUUCUCCUCGGUUGAGUCAGUUUUGUUAUUUGAUUUUAGAGUCAAUAACUCAACCUUUGUGAGAUUUUGUGUGGUGUUUGUGUUCUGAUUACUCUCUCUUCCUGGACUGCACUGCCUGACCCGUACAUCAUCAUUCACCCUUGAUCUGGUAACUUCGUUCAACCCUCCUUAUCUUUCCUCCAUUGAGGACAAUGUCGUGCUUAAGUGUGGGGGGGUGUUCGAUUAUGUAUGCGGGUGAAUGUUUGGCUGUUUGUGUGCUUGGAGCCUAGUCCACUGUCCAAAUUUUUAAAUUUGAGGGCUCCAAGUACGUGUUCCAUGCAAUUGCCUGCUCAGUAUGCUUUGAAUUGACAGUCUUUACAGUAAUAUGCAACCUAGGGAGGUAGUGUAGCACUAUGGAGGAUGUUGAUGCAUUUAAGAAGUCUCAUUUCUUCUUCAUAUAAAGUUGGUUGAUUGAGUGAAUUAGUGAUCUUAGGACCCUUGAAUUGUGUGGUGUUGCGGAUUCUCUGCCUGUCAUGGACUCUUGUAUCAUGUUUUGAAAAUAACAGGUGCUCGAAAAUGUGCUUCAAAAUAAACGUCUCCCGUGCGAAUAGGGCGGAAGUGUGUAAGGGGAGACGGGAAUUCGUUCCCAAUUUCCACCUACUACCUCCAGCCCCCUUACAUGUCUUUCCCCCCGCACGAGGCUCGAGACAUCCGCUCCUGGCAUGGCCGGUAAGAGCAGGUUGGGACCCUUGAAAAGAAAAGAAAAGAAAAAUAACAGAAAACAAGCAAAAUAGAAAAAAAAGGGGUUCCAACCAUCUUCAAGAAUAAAAUAGAGCACCUUGA